UCCGAACCCUAGUAAUACCCACACGAACAACUUGUCGAGUGCGUUAAGAUAUUCCUUUUUCUGAUUUACCUUUUUAACCCUGGUUAAAAAGUUCAUAGGUCGGUCAACUAAAAAAGGCAACCAAGUCAAAGAAAACAAUUUUUACUAGUUGAGUUCGGAAAUAAGAAAAGUGAAAACCAAAUCCUACCUUAAACAGAAUUUAGGAAAAUAUUAUAUAUUUCCUUCUUCCACAUCACCGAUUUAUACCAAAAUCAUAUAAUCAAGGAACCUCUCUAAAACCCUAUUAAAUCUUCUCUCUUUCGUUCUUCUUCUUCUUCUCCUCCUCCAUCCUCCAAAUCUCGAUUUCCCAAAAAAAAAACCUAAUCUCGCCGUACUCUCCUCGGUUCCAUCUUUCUCUGCGGCCAGUACGUGUGCAGAUAUGGCUACCGAGGGAGUUGUUCCUUCAGCGCAGGAUAUUGCUGCUGAAUUUGUGAGACAGUACUAUCAUGUUUUAGGACAGCUUCCUCAUGAAGCUCGUAGGUUAUAUGUUGAUGCUAGUGUUGUCAGCAGACCUGAUGUUACUGGUACUAUGAUGUCUUUUACUUCCGUUGAGGCUAUCAACAAGCAUAUCCUGUCCUGUGACUUUGAGAAUACUAAAUUUGAGGUUCUGAGUGUUGACUCUCAGAAUUCUUUGGAAGAUGGGAUUUUUAUUAUGGUGAUCGGUUUCAUGACUGGAAAAGACAACCAGAGGAGGAAGUUUUCUCAGAUGUUCUAUCUUGCUCGUCAAAAUACCCUCGUUGUUCUCAAUGACAUGUUACGAUACGUUGAUCAAGAGGAUUCUUCUACCACUGAAACUCCAUGUGAGCCGGUAACUGAGAUUGUGAGACCAGCUGAUGGUCUAAAGAAGGCCGAGAAGACUGAGCUGAAACAGAAAAACGUUGCUUCGGUGGAGAAAUCUGUUAAUGCUGCUGUUGAAAAGAAUGCUGCUCCAUUGGACAACGGAAAGAUGAAGCAAUCUGAAAAAGCUGUUAUUACUCAGAAAGUUACAGAGCCAGAUGCUGCUCCUCAGCCCGAUGGAGCCAAGAGAUCGUUUGCUGACAUAGUUGGAUCAAUGGCGAAAAACGCUGCUCCGUUUCAAGUUAAAUCCCCUGUUCAAGCCCCGGUUCAGAAACCUAAAUACGUGGGACAACCCCGUGCUGCUGCAGCACCUCAAAAACCUGCUUACGUCAGUAAAUCUAUAAAGAAAAAUGAUCAGAAGGUCAUUGAAGUACCAGGCACUUCGAUAUUUGUUGCAAAUCUGCCAUUGAAUGCAAUGCCGCCUCAACUCUUUGAACUGUUCAAGGAUUUUGGUCCUAUCAAAGAAAACGGGAUUCAAGUCCGAAGCUCCAGGGGUAAUGCUAAUCCAGUUUGCUUCGGGUUUAUCUCCUUUGAAACUGUUGCCUCAGUCCAGAGCGUGCUUCAGGCUGCCAAGAACACGCCCUUCAUGCUUGCAGACCGUAAGCUUCGUGUAAAGGAAAAAGAAGUUGAUUAUGAUGGAAGCAAACCUUCUGGUAAAACCAAAGGUGGAAGCAACAAGACGCAGAAUGGCUCUGCAGAUAGCAGCAAGACUGAGAAUGGCUCUGCAGAUGACAGCAAGACAAAUGGCUCCGCAGAAGAUGGCGAGAAAGAAUUCAAACAGGUUAAAAGUCGUAGAAAUAGGAAAAAAAGUGAAGCCGCACAUUGAUACUCUCCACUACAAACACCAACAGAAGAACACUUAAAAUUUGGAGAUUUCUUAGAAUUGAGAUGAUUUUCGACAUUACAGAUUGAUUCAAAAAUCUUUACUUCUUUAGGUCUGUUUUUUUUUUCCUUUUCUUAUUAUGGAAUAUUUAUUGUCACCAGACAAUUUGUUUCUUCUUCUUAUAUUCCAAUUUUUUUAUUCGAAUC